AUGUUCGGCAGCGUGGUGAAAACAAUGGAUAUUGAGGAUUUGGGCGAGCUUCUUGUGGAGAAGUCCAAGAAUGUGUCCCGAUUGGUGUUGGUUAUGUAUGGCACCCCAGGAUCCGGUAAGACAACAAAUGCAGAAAGGCUGGUCAAUUACUUGAAUAACAAAUAUAACAACGGAGCGGUGCUGGACACAGACAAAAUUACACACUUUAUAGAGGAGAAGGGGUUAAAGGCAAAGAGGAAGUAUGAAGGACGUGGUGGACCGCAGACUCGAAUUUGUGAGUACGAUUCUACAAUCAUUGACGAUUCCAUUGAUAUGUCCAAAGUGCCUUUUGCUGCUCACUUGAAAAUGGAUGGAUUUCAUUUACCUUUGAAGCAGUUGGCGGAGAAUUUGCAUUCACGCAGGGGCUGUCAGGAAUCGUUUGAAGGUGAGCUGGUUGUGCAAUUGUUUAAAUUGUUGGUUCAGUGGGAAACAGAGGAAGGAGAUGGAAAUAACCAAGCUACAGGGGUAAAAAUAGAAGAGGGGAAGCCGUGGAAUUUGCUUUGUAUACCUGACUUUGAUCACAAGUUGAAGGACCCUAAUAAUCCGGGAAGAUAUAUUUUUUCCAAUACGAAAAUCAUCGUUUUCGAAGGUUUAUAUUUGAUGCUGAACAUUGAACCAUGGUGUCAGAUAUCCCAGAUUAUCAAAGCAAUCAAGGAUAAGAAACCUGGUUCACACAGCCCGAUUGUUGAGGUUGCACAGGUGGAAGACAACGAUGUUGAGGAGAUGUCCCAACGUGUAGCCGCUAGACAUCUGAGGUCAGGACUUGUGGAUUCCUUAAAUGACGGCUUGAAUAGGUACUUUGCUAACGAUUCAAUUAAUGCUUCAGUGGUUACCACUUUGAGUAACCACGAUUUUGAUGAUUAUUCGAUUAAUACUUCCGGGAAAACUAAGGUAUACUGUAGAAGUAAUUAA